CGGAUAAGAUGCGAGGGAUCGAGUGAGCGUCGAACGAUUCGCCAGUGUUUCGCGAGGAGCUUACUUGAUCAUAUUAUUUAUAGGUGGUUGUUUGUGGUGUGUAUCGUGUCAAUAAAUAGAUCAAUUGCAUCGCGAUUUUUCCGCCUUAGUCGCCUCAAGUUGCUCAACUCUCGUCCCUAAACAAUGUGAUGGCUUCCCAUCGCACCACAACCACCGAGACAAAUGGGGAAAUUCUAGUCGCGUGGCAGAAGUACGUUGCGUGCAGUUCGGACGAAAUCACACUGAAAGAAGGCGAUGUGGUCGAACUACUCGAUACCGACGACCCGGUGGCUUCAAAGAAGCCAAAACUUGACCCGGAACUGGACACCGUCUCCGGCGAGCUUUUGGACAGCUCCGCCGCACGGCAUAAGCUCUCGGUGAAGCCCAGAAGGACACAUUUAAGCUCCAGACAUUCCCCUACGAGACUGAACUUGAGCGCCAGAUGGUUGGUGCGUGAAAUCACCGGGUCGAAAAAACAAGGAUGGGUCCCUUGCAAGGUUCUCCAAACUAUCGAUGACCCGAGUCCUGGAGGUGCCGGACUUCCUGGAGAUGCCCUCUUCCGAAGACAAGCUGUGGUCAAAGAACUGGUCGAAACCGAGCAAGAGUUCGUCAAAGACUUGGACUUUGUGGUCCAGAAGUAUCUCCUCCUGUCCGAAAGCAAAAACGUGCCAAAAGUCAUCCGAGACAAUUUCGACAUUAUUUUCGGAAAUUUGAAGGAAAUUGCCGAAUUUCACCGCACUGUGUUGAUGGAAGGUGUGAAGUACUACGCCAACGAGCCCCAUUUGUUAGGCAAGGCCUUUUUGCGACUGGAACGCGAUUUCGAUAAACAUGUCGAUUACUACAUGUACGAACCGCAAGCUCAAGCUUUUCUGGACGCUUGUGACGAAGCUCACGACUAUUUCGACGACUUAUCCCAACGUUUGGGCGACGACAAGACCAUCUCCGAGCACCUCAAGCUCCCAAUCCAACGCAUCAACGAUUACCAACUUCUGCUAAAGGAGUUGGUGAGGUACAGUGCGUGUCUUGGCGAAGACAACAGCGACCUCCAGAAAGCCCUUGAGUUGAUGCUGAGUGUCCCUCACAGGGCACAGGACGAAAAGUUUACUUCUAACAUCGAAGGCUAUCGUGGAAGCAUCCACAAACUAGGACGCCUUCUUGCCCACGACUGGUUCUCAGUCACUUUUGGACAAGUCACCAAAGAAAGAUAUCUCUUUCUGUUCAAAGGCAAGAUCUUGAUUUGCAAAGUUAGACGCAUUUCAGAAGAUCGCUCCGUUUUCCAACUCAAAGACAUAAUCCAGCUCAAUCGGGUCGCUGUCAAAGAACAUCCAGAAGAAGAGCGAGUUUUAGAACUUAUUGAUACUUCCGGAGGACAAGCAUUAAUCCUCACAGCUCACAGAGACCACAUCACCGAAUACUGGCUCAAAGAAAUUAGAGAGUUUGCACAAGAAUACGAAGAAAACGAAGAUACAGAAGCCGAAGCUGAAGAUUUCCAAAUCGCAUCGUCGUCACCACCCACAGACCGAUCAGAAGAAGGUGACAAGUUUGAAGAAACUGCACCCGCUCUCCAAGAAGACAUAGUAGAAACACCUCCACCUCUAGAAGACCGACCAGUACCAAAAGUACUGACACCACCUCCACUUUUAGAAGAAGAAACCAGCUCAAAACUUAAAGAAGAGUCUAAGGAAACUAAACAAGUAGAGUCACUUCCACAAGUAGAAGAGUCCAAACCAAGACAGAAAGAAGAGCCAGAAAAACGGAAAGAAACUGGUCCCCAAGUAGUAGAAGACACCAAGUCAAGACCUAAAGAAGAGCCUGAGAAAAAUAAACACGUAGUAGAAGAAUCCAAACCAACACCAAAAGAAAAACCACAAAAACCUAAAGUAGUAGAAGAAAAACAAAAAGAAACUUGUCCUCAAGUAGUAGAAAACACUAGGUCAAAACCUAAAGAAGAGCCUGACAAAACUAAACAAGUAGUAGAAGAAUCCAAGCCAAGAGCAAAAGAAGAACCACAAAAACCUAAAGGGGUAGAAGAAAAGCAAAAAGAAACUUGUCCUCACGUAGUAGAAGACACAAGGUCAAAACCUAAAGAAGAACCUGAGAGAACUAAACAAGUAGUAGAACGAACACCGAAAGAAGAACCUAAAAAAUCUAAACCAGUAGAAGAAAAACAACAUUCAAGACCAGAACCAAAAGAAGAAACCGAAAUCAAGAAUCGGCCACAAAUCGUAGAACCAGCUCCACCUCCGGAAGAAAAAAAGGACGUACCUAAGCGUCAACCAACUCCUGACAAAUCUAGGAAAAGUCAAGAGGAGAAAAAAGUUGUACCCCAAUUGAAAGUAGAGGAAAAGAAGAUUAAAGAAGAACCACAAGUCCAAGUCGAGAAGAAAGUUUCUAAAGCUGGCGAAGUUUCAAGUGUUUUGACUAAAUCUAGUGUAGUUAAUGUCGAAACAGCCGACGACAUGAGUCGCAGAUACACAUCAUCCUCUUCAAGAGCAGAAGGCUAUUCGGAAUCGUCGUAUAGCCGCAGAUCGCAGUCUUCGUAUUCCAAUGAUGGGUCACGGUACGACUCCAUCGCCAGUAAAUACGGAAGUGCUGAGUCCUCAAUCGGGGGUUCAAAAUACGAAUCGGUGGGUUCUAAGUACGACACGGGCGAUUCGAGCUACUCGAGGAGGUCCAUUAGGGACAUGGGGGACGAUAAUGAUUACAAUUACUCAAGGAGGUCGAUAAAGUCGGUCACUGCUGAGUACGGGGAUGGAGAUAGUUACACCAGACGGUCGAUUCGAGCGUCAGCUGAGGCCACUGGUGACUUGGAUUCUUAUUCCGUCAGAAAAUCGCUCAAGACUUCCGCCGAAAUCUUGGGAUAUGGUGGCGAAGAGGGGAAGAGAUCGGUCUCGAUCGAGGAGGUGGGUGAUGGUGGGAGGUACUCGCGGAAGGCCCUCACAGCCCGCGACAACAUCGAGGAAGAGCUUUUGUCGAAAUACUCCCCCUCCAAGUAUUUGGAAGACCGCGAACAUGAAGAUGUUUACGCUAAGUACGAACGAAAGUACUCGAGAACUGAUUCCUCCGACAGCAAAUCGAAAUACACGGCGAAACUGGGGGGCGAAGAAGACUCGUACACCAAAUCGAAAUAUCUGAGUAGCUCCAUUGAGCAGAAAGGGGCCGAAGAAGACGUUUACGCGAAAUACGCGCGAAAGUACUCGCGGACCGACUCCUCGAAAUCACGCGAGGAAGACGAAGACAAGUACCGAAAGGCCUACAAGAGAACCGAUUCCGCCAAAAGCGACCGCGAAUCGUCUUCGAUUCGGAGCGAAACCACAAUCUCCAAUGGCAAAGAGACCAGGCGAGAAGUUGCGGCAAGUAGCGAAUCGGUUUCGCCUUCGACAAUGGUCAAAGAGUCCUCCAGGUCUGGCAAACACGUGGAGGAAAGUCACGUUUCAGGUGACGAAGAACGCAACCGCUUCAUCAAAACGAUCAGAGGCGCGGACAUCGAACUGACUCCGGAGGAGCGCCUCGAACGAGCCAAGACCGACAAACCCGAGUUUGUCGUCAAGUUGAAAGACACCGAACUUGCGGAAAACACCUAUUUGAGGUUCAUGGUCAAGGUUCGAGGGGAUCCGAACCCUGAUGUCAUUUUCUUUAAGGAUGGUGUCAUUGUUGAGAAAAGCGACCGCUAUGAGGUGAUUCGUGAACAUUCGGACCGCGGAUUUUACGAAUUAUUGAUUCCCGAAGUCCAAAUGUCCGACGCAGGCGAAUAUAAGUGUGUGGCGUCCAACAAGUGGGGAGAGGAUUCGUGUGAAGCCACUUUGAAAGUCACAACCGAAGACUUGCACAAAGACAUGCCUGAGGGUGAGAUUCUCCCACCUGGGGAAACCCCCGAGUUCCAGUGGAAGAAAGACGGAGCUCCUUUCGAGCCUGACGAGCGUUUCAAGGUACUUAUGGGUGACGAUGAGGAUUCCCUUGCCUUGGUCUUCCAACACGUCCGUGCGGAAGACGUAGGGCUUUACACCUGCGUGGCCCAAACAUCGCGAGGUCACAUUAGCUGUAGUGCGGAACUGACGGUUCAUGGUACAGUCAACCAGUUGGUAAGAGAACCAGAAAAACCAGUUCUUAUCGUGGAAAAACGCAAUCCUGUCGUGAACGCUGGUGGUUCCGCGAUGAUUGAACUGCAAGUCAAAGGGUUCCCCAAACCUCAAGUCAAGUGGACCCAUGAGGGAAAACCCAUUGAAGCAGGCGGGAAAUACAAGUUCCUCUACGAAGAUGAGGAAACCAUGUCGCUGGUUAUUAAGGACGUCCAGAAGGAGGAUGCCGGCAAGUACCUGUGUACUGCUGAGAAUGAAAUCGGGUCGGAUACGGCCGAGAUGACUCUAACUGUGAAAACUCCUCCAAAAUUGAGGAAGAAAAUUGAGGAUGUUGACGCCCAUGCUGAUCUCCUCUUGGAGAUCCCGGUCGAGAUCGAAGGAACACCAAGACCGAAGGUCGUCUUCUACAAAGACGGAAAAGAAAUCAAGAAGGACGAACGCAUCAAAGUCGUUGAAGAGAACGAGAAGGUGGUCCUAGUGAUAGAAAAAACGAUGCUCAAAGACAGUGGUUCAUACUCAAUCGUGGCCACCAACGAACUCGCCCAAAUCUCCGAAUUCUUCAAUUUGCACGUCCACACCAAGCCCAAAAUUUUGGAAAAGCUGGGCAAGGACAAAAUCGUGUCCCAGGAGGAGAAAUUCGAGCUCCGAGUGAAGAUCGAGUCGGAACCAGAAGCCGAAGUCAAGUGGUACAAAGACGACGCCGAAAUCAAGUCAAGUGACCACUACGUUAUCAAAAAAGACGGCGAAACGUACAUUUUGAAGAUCACCGGCGCUGUAACAACUGAUGCAGCGCGCUAUAAAGUCAAAGCUGUCAAUAUUCACGGUUCUGUGGAGGACGAUAUCAGAGUCGAUGUGAAGAAAGCCCCCAAAAUCACCAAAGGCCUCCAGGACAUGACGGUGAACGAGCACGACAAACAAGUCACCUUGGACGUGAAGGUUGAAGCGUUCCCCAAGCCCUCAGUCAAGUGGUACUUGGACGAAAUGGAAAUCACCGAGACCAAAACCGAAUUUACACGAGUCGACUCCGACGAUGGUGUCAAAUUGGUUAUCAAGGAGGUCAACAGCGAAUUGUCGGGGAAGUACACUUGCAAGUUGAGUAACGAGUGUGGCAGUACCGAAACUAGCGCCAAACUCACGGUUAAUUGCGCCCCGCGCAUCAUCAAGCAGCUGAAGGACACCACAGUUGAAGAAGGCGCAACACUCCACCUGGAAGUUGAAGUCGAAGGUUGCCCAACUCCCACCGUGAAGUGGCUGAGGAACGGUCGUGAAGUUUCAGCAGAUGCCCGCAUUAAAAUCAGUCGAGACACACAAAGGCAUGAAACUUUCAACCUUGCCGUCAAUCUGAUCAAGUAUGAAGAAGAAGGAGAGUAUGAAGUCGUCGUGACCAAUUCGAUGGGGACUGUCUCUAGCAAGAGUUAUGUAACAGUGCACAAGGUAACCCAUACCGAUGCCAUUGAAGUCGAAGAAGAACCACCAAUGCAACUCAAAGUGGAAGUUGUUGAGGAAGAAUCGCAACAAGCAGAGUUGGCACAAAAGGAAGAAUUAGAAGUAGGUAAAGAAGAAGCUCAAACACCUGAAAUUGAAGAUGUUGAAAAGCCGGCUCAAGGUACAAUAGCCGAAAAAAUAGAUAUCGAAGAGAAACAAAUCAAACACUCGACUCCCGAACCCAUUAUCGAGGAACCUCUCUCACCUAACAUUCAAAGAGGUCACUCUGACAUUCUCGAAGAGUCUGAGUUUGUCGAAAAUGACGAAACAGACAAAGUCCAACAUAUGAAAGAAGAAGACUUGCCAAAAGUCAAAUCAAAACGUGCCAAAUCAAUCCACAUUGAGGAAAUCGAAGAGAACGAGCUUUCUUCCGAACCGAAAACCCCCAUCGAGACGGAGGUUCCGAAGAGAAAAGCUAGCAAAGCACAAGCUGCCACUGUGGAAGAACUUGAAAUUAUCGAAACCUUGAACGAAACGCCCCAACAGUUGAAAGAAAGCAAAUUCGAAAGACAGGAGAGUCAGAAAGGGGUGAGGGAGUAUGAGGAAGAACAAGACGAAGAAAUGGAGGCUUUGCUAAAGCGGGCCCAAAAACAGCGCAGUUUAGUUGAGGAGUUACCUCAAAAGGGUGAACUCGAUGAAGCCAAACCGACAAUCACUUCGUCAAACAUGAAGGAUUCUUCGCGUCCCGAGUCUUUGGACAUCUGUUACAUCGUCAAAGGGACCUCAAACCCGCCCCCGAAAGCCACUUGGACCAUCAACGGACAAGAACUGAAACCUGACAGCAGAGUCAGAAUGACCAACAAGGGAGAAGAGUUCAAGUUGGAAAUUGUCAAGUUGAAGAUGGACGAUGCUGGAAAGAUUGAGUGCAUUUUAAAGAACCCGCUUGGAGAAGCCCGACAAACCGCCAUGUUGGAAGUGACACCGGAGAAGGAGUUGCGAAGACCGAAACUGAAAGAAGGUCUCAAAGACCAAACGAUUCAGAAGAAAAACACUCUAACGUUCAAAGCUGUGGUCAUUGGGGACCCGGUUCCGGAUGCUACGUGGUCAGUCGAUGGCCACGAACUGACCUCUGAGGCUUUCGAAAAGUACAAAAUCAUUCUCGAAACUGAAGACCACGAAAUCCAAGACGGGUUGAAAGAAUGCACUUAUACUUUAACAAUUCCCAGAUGUGAGAGAUGCAAUGCCGGUAAAUACACCUUCUUUGCCAAAAACAAGUGGGGCGAGUGCAACAGCAGCGCCCAGCUCACUGUAGUCCUCCGUCCCGAGAUCGAAGGACCGCAGAAUGUUUCGGUGAUUCCGGGAGAAGCCACAGAACUGGUCUGCAAAAUUCAAGCCAAUCCACAGGCUGAGGUCCAUUGGACGAAAGACGACCAAGUGGUUAAAGAAACCGAGAAUCUCAAGAUUGUCUCAGAUGUGGCCAACGAGACUUAUAGACUGGUGUUCAAAAAGGCGCUCUUGUCGGAUGAAGGGUACUAUAAGGUCGUAGCCAAGAAUAGUCUUGGCGAGAGUUCAUCAGAAGCGCGCCUCAAAGCAGUCAAAGAAGCUGAACCUUCCACGGAGAAACCAACGAUAAUUACCGGUUUGUCCGACGACCAAGUCGAACAUACCAAAGAGAUUUCGGUGAUGGUGCGAGCCGAUGGCUUGCCCAAACCGCAAAUUCGUUGGCUACUCAACGGAAAACCCAUCGUCGAAGACGAAAAACACAAAAUUGAGAGUCAUGCCGACGCACAAGUCACUAGUACUCUCACUGUGAGCGAUUUCAACGACAGUGAUUCGGGAAUUUACAAAGCCAUUGCUGCCAACGUUCAAGGCGAGGCUGAUACAAGUGCUAGGAUCACAAUGGUGCAAACACCGCCGACUUUCGGCAAGAAACUGGAACGUUCCGAAGAUGUCAUCGAAGGGGAACCUUUGGAACUCAAGGCUAAAAUCAACGGAAGUCCGAAACCGACUGUCGUUUGGUACAAAAAUGGAGAACCGAUUGAUGACGAAAGGGUGAAAACUUCGGUCCUACCGGACGGAACCGUCAAACUCAACAUCGAACAUGCUAGACCUAGCGAUAGUGGGGCUUACAAGCUUGUGAUUCAAAACCCGAACGGAGAAUCGGCCUGUUUGUGCGCGGUGGCAGUCCAACAGAAGCCACAAAGACCCAAAUUCUUGAAAUGCUUCAAAGACGUAAAACUCCCCAUUGGCGAAACGCUUCGUCUCGAAGCCCAAGUCCAGGCACACCCUCCACCUGAGGUCAAAUGGAUCAAAGACGGCGUUCCGGUCCGUGUUUCUUCAAACAUUCAUUUUGAAGUGCAUCCAGAUGGAAAAGUCGCCCUGAUUGUGGACUGCGCAAAACCGGAAAACGCCGGAAAAUACGAACUUCAAGUCUCCAACAAAUACGGAGACGCGAUGGGCGAAGCUUCCGUCGAAAUUGAGAAGAAGCCAACGAAGCCCGAAUUUCUGGUACGACUUGUGCCCCAAACUGUGGUCGAGGGAUUCCCGGUUAAGUUCGAGGUCAAGGCAGUGGGCCACCCAGCCCCCAAACUAACUUGGUCCAGAAAUGGUGCCGAGGUCAUUUCUGACAACAAACAUGUGAAAAUUUCCGAGUUGCCGGAUGGUACCAGCGUUUUGCUCCUCGAUGCGGCCAACCAAGCCCGUGAUGGGUUGACUUACAGGGCGAUUGCCAUAAAUGAAGCUGGGGAGGCUGAGACCAGUGCCCCCUUGACGGUCAUUCCGGCCACUAACAGUGAAAGUCCGGAGGAGAAACCGAUGUUUUUGCACCCGUUGAAGGAUGUGACGGCCGAUGAGGGAAAAUCGUUGGUACUUUCGGCUCCAUUUACCGCAAAUCCCGUACCAAUGGUCGAAUGGAGCAAGGAUGGAGUCCCGCUGUCACCAUCCGAUAGGAUUCUGGUCACUUGCGAUGGUAAAAAGGUGGGACUUGAGAUUUUGAACGCGGUACCAUCUGAUGCGGGCCGGUACUCUGUCAAGAUUUCUAAUCCUUUGGGCGAAGAGUCGUCCGAAGCGAACGCAGCUGUUCAUAAAGUCUUUAUGCCUCCGCAUUUCACUCAGACGUUCACCGAUUUGCAACAAUUGCCAGGACGAGAUGCCAAGUUCCCGUGCCGGGUUAGUGGGGUUCCACAGCCUGAAGUUGUCUGGACUAAAGAUGGGCUUCCGAUCAAGGAAUCGGACAAGUACCAUAUUAAACGUGACGGGGAUUUGUGCUGUUUGUACGUCUUGAAUUGUUCGCCGGACGACGCUGCAGUCUACCGAGCCCGUGCCAUCAAUAAAGAGGGUGAAGAGGUUUGCACGGCGUCGCUGGAAGUCGUCGACCAAAUCCAAGCCAAAAAGAAGAUCGAACCACCAACCUUCCUCAAACGCAUCGGUGACACGGAACUGUUCAAAGGCAUGACGGCCAAAUUCACCGCUUGUGCCAGUGGAUAUCCCGAGCCGGAAGUCGAGUGGUACCACAACGACCAAAAACUCUUCCCUUCGAACCGCAUCAAAAUGGAGACGGACCCCAACGGACUCCUCCGCUUGAUCAUCUCCGACUUGGAUGAAGCCGACCUUGGGAAGUACUCAUGCAAGAUAACAAACGAAUACGGAGGCGACAUCUGCCACGCCAACCUCAACAUGGACGAAGGCCUCGAAACACGAGCCAAACGACCAAUCACCGAUCAAUACACCGAAUUUGACAAGUACAAGCGAACUGGAGCCCCGGUACCACUCUCCGAUCCUCCAAUCAUCUCGCAAAUGACCGAUCGCCACUGCACACUCUCCUGGAAGCCGUCCAUUCCCCCAGGACCUAGGGCACCGGUCACCUACCAGCUGGAAAUGUGCGAAUUGCCCAACGGUGAUUGGUUCACUGUGCGUACGGGGAUCAGGAGUUGUACCUGUGGCGUACGCAACUUGGAGCCCUUCAGGGAUUACAAGUUUAGGGUCAGGGUGGAGAACAAGUACGGGAUAAGCGACCCGUCACCGUAUGCUCUUACACAUCGGGCGAAACUCGAGCCAGAUUUGCCCAAAUUUCGGCCAUGGUUACCGCCAGAAAUUGACUUCCGGCCGGAAACGUCCCCGUACUUCCCCAAAGAUUUUGACAUUGAGAGGCCGCCUCAUGAUAACAUGGCGCAAGCUCCGCGGUUCCUGCGACAAGAACACGACACGCAGUAUGGGGUCAAGGAUCAGAACACGAAUCUGUUCUGGUUCGUCUAUGGGUACCCCAAGCCCAAGGUGUCUUUCUACUUCAACGAUGAGCUUAUUGAGAGUGGGGGGCGGUUCGAUAUGAGCUAUACCAGGAAUGGGCAAGCGACACUGUUCAUCAACAAGAUGUUGGAACGUGAUGUGGGUUGGUACGAAGCCGUGGCCACUAACGAACAUGGCGAAGCCAGGCAAAGGGUCCGUCUUGAGAUUGCCGAAAUGCCUCAGUUUAUCCGAAGACCGGAAAUACAGUACGCUAUGCACAGAGGCAAGGUGAGGUUCGAUGCCCGUAUUGUGGGAGUACCGUACCCGGAAAUCAAAUGGUACAAGGACUGGAAGCCUUUGGCGGCCUCCACCAGAAUCAAGAUCCAAUUUAUUGAGCCCGACACCGCUGUCCUGGUCAUCAACGACAUCAUCACCAAAGACGAGGGGCUCUACUCAGUGAGUGCGCGCAACGUCGCCGGUUCCAUCUCCAGCAGCGCCAUGCUCCACGUCGAAGAGCACGACCACGACUACAACCUCCACACCUACCGGAAUCUCGCCCAAAUCAAGCCGAAGAAGAAGCCGUUGACCGAUUUGUACGAUCUUGGGGAUGAAUUGGGUCGCGGCACCCAGGGAGUGACUUACCAUGCGGUCGCACGUCUCAAUGGUCGCAACUACGCCGCCAAAGUCAUGCACGGACGCGGCGAACUCAGACCGUUUAUGUACAACGAGCUCGAGAUACUUAACGAAUUGAGACACCGGAAACUUAUCGGUUUGCACGACUGUUACGAGGGUGAUGAUACGCUGGCUCUUAUUUUGGAGUUGGCGGCUGGAGGAGAGCUCGUCAGGGAUUAUCUCUUGAAACAGGAGUACUACACGGAACGCGAUAUCGCCGGAUUUAUCCGACAGCUGCUUCAGGGCCUGGAAUACAUGCACGACAGGGGAUACGGACACAUGGGACUCAAUAUCGGGGAUUUGCUCAUUUCGCAUCCCGGAACGGACGAUUUGAAAAUAACCGAUUUCGGGUUGGCUCGAAGGAUCCAUAGGGAUAACCUGGCGCCACUCAAGUACGGAGUGCCGGAAUUUGCAAGUCCCGAAGCUGUGAAUGGAGAGGGAACAGGUUUCGGCCAAGACAUGUGGAGUGUUGGGAUUAUAACUUAUAUCCUCCUUUCGGGACGAUCACCAUUUAGAGGAAACGACGACCGGGAAACUCUAAAGAAUGUCCAAGCCGGGAAAUGGAUAUUUGACGAAGACUGGUGGUUGAAUAUCAGCGUUGAAGCUAAAGAUUUCAUCUCGAAGUUGCUAGUUUACCAAUCCGAGGGAAGAAUGGACGUGCAUGCGGCUCUGAGACAUCCAUGGCUCGAAAGAGCCGAUAAAAUCUACUCAGAUGAGUACCGGAUUAGUAGCAAGUACCUUGAAAGUUACUACAGACUAUUCAGGGAAUGGUACGAUAACGCUUCGUGCAAGAAAUGGUUCCGUCGUCGUACCCUUGAAAGCGCCUUCACGCACCCAUCUCGAAUGGUGUACCCCCCUGGAGAGUACGACUCGCCAAGAGCGACCCCAGCACCCAUCAAACCACCACGAUUGCCAACCUGGGAGGACCAACUCCCCACUCGAUCACCUCUCAAUUACGAAAUCGGUGCAAUCAAAUCGGAAAGCCACUAUCAGAACGGUCCCGACACUUACCUUCUUCAGUUACGUGACGUGGACUUCCCCGUACGUCUCCGCGAGUACAUGAAAGUGGCCGGAAGCCGAGGGCCUGGGGUUGGAUAUAUUGUUUCCAACGAGAACGGAUUCGACUGGCACACACCGACGAUACGGGAAAGACGCCGAUUCACCGACAUCAUGGACGAGGAAAUCGACGAUGAGCGAAGAGCUCGCAUCAGUAGAUACGGAGCCAGCGACAGUUCUAGCGCCACCAUCAGGAGAUUGAAACACGAGCUCGGCUCGCGCCUCGACACAUACGUCGAAGCCGAGGCCUAUCUAGAGAGCAAACAAGACGGCCGUUUGCCCUUCUUCCGGGAAAAGCCCCAAAUGACCGCCAUGGUGGAAGGAAGAGACCUGGAAUUGACCUGUUUUGCAGUCGGGGAACCGGAACCCGUCAUCCAAUGGUUCAAAAACGACUCAAUUGUGGCCGAAUCGCACCGCGUCAAAAUCGACACCGAUGAGUUCGGACGCUCCCACUUGAAAUUCUCCCCAGCCCUUUCAUUCGACCAAGGAAUGUACAAAGUAGUGGCUCGGAAUAAAAUCGGUCAAACGGUUGCAAGAGCUCGGAUUGUCUUCGGCUCAACUCCGGAAGAACCGGAUUCGCCCGAAUCCGACCAAAGCUCCGACACUGAAAUCUUCCUAACGUGGAAGCAACCACGAUUCGACGGUAAUUCCCCCGUUCUUUGCUACAGUCUUGAAUACAAACUUGCCGACGAUAUCGAAUGGACCAAAAAGGCGGACAACAUCGACCACGAGUUUUACCUAAUGAGGGGGCUUACGCCCAGUUCCAGCUACAUGUUUAGACUGGCGGCGCGCAACGCGAUUGGUUGGAGCGACUUUGGGGUUCCCUCCGGAAUGAUUAAGACCAAGCCGGUGGGGGCGCCCCGAGUGCAAGUGAGUCCAGCUGUUGUCCACUUGCAGCAAAUCACAGACAGUGGGGAACCGGUGGAAGUCCAAGCUAGGACUUACCCGGACUAUGAAGCCGAGACGCAUCCGGUCGAGUGGGAGAACGAAAACGCGCAAGAAAAUUACAAUUUCAUUUCGGAGAUUGCAAAAGGACAGUUCUCGACGGUUUUGAAGGCGAUUGACAAGCGCACCGAUGCUGUGGUGGUGGCCAAAGUUUUAGACUUGGCCAAUUCGGACGACGUUGAAGGCGAAUUCGCAGCUUUGAGGUCGUUGAGACACGAAAGAAUCGCCGGUUUGAUCGCCGCUUACAAAAGUAGCGCAAGCCCGGUGGCUGUUUUCAUUUUAGAAAAGUUGCAAGGGGCCGAUGUUUUGACGUAUUUGGCGGCAAAACACGAAUACACCGAACAAACAGUCGCAACAAUUGUGUCACAAGUUCUUGACGGUUUGCAAUACCUUCACUGGAGGGGCUUGUGUCACUUGGACCUGCAGCCGGACAACGUCGUCAUGGCUGGGGUUCGCUCGGUUCAAGUGAAGUUAGUUGAUUUGGGGGCUGCUCAUCGUGUAACUAAACUGGGAACCAAAGUACCCAUCGUGGGACAUUUGGACUACAUGUCCCCGGAGGUCCUCAAUGAAGAACCGGCCUUCCCACAAACCGACAUUUGGACGGUCGGCGUCCUCACUUACAUCAUGUUGUCGGGGGUGACGCCCUUCAAGGGGGUGGACGAAAACGAGACGAAACAGAAUAUCACGUUCGUUAGGUACCGCUUUGAGCAUCUUUAUAAGGAAAUUACGCAAGAAAGUACCAGAUUUUUGAUGCUACUUUUCAAGAGGCAACCAAACAAACGGCCUUCGGCCGAAGAAUGCCACGAAAAUAGGUGGUUAUUGCCGACAGAUUACAUGAUCAAGAAGCGGGAACGUGCUGUAUUUUUAGGCAACAGAUUAAAGGAGUAUUCAAGCGAAUAUCACAACGAGAAGGCCCAAAAGGCCCAAGAUAUCACAUCGAAGUUAGGUGGUAAGUUCAGUAGGUCACACAGCAUACAAGAAGAAUUGUUGACUGCGCCUUAGGCACUGUUAGAAUGUAUAUAUUGUUUAUAAUACGUUGAACUGCUGAUUUAUUUUUGUGUUAUUUUCGUUUCUGACUAAUCUGUAUAAACAAGAAAUAAAAUAGAAACGUUGAUGUUAUUAAAAAUUUUAUUUCAAUAAAGAUAUCACAAAAUUC